AUGCGCUUCUUUCAACUUGCCCUCGCCUCAUUGGCUUCCGUCGUGGCAGCUACUUCAUCCUUUGACACUUGGGCUCACGGACGAGUGGCCCUGCAAGACGUUAGCAUUCACUUCCGCUACGCAGGAUCAGGACCCCCUCUUCUCCUAGUACACGGAAAUCCCCAGCACAGUCUUACGUGGCAAUUCAUCGGCCCUAUUCUUGCUCAGAACUACACUGUUAUUGCACCUGAUAACCGAGGCGCUGGUGACUCAAGCAUUCCUCCCGAUGGGAACUACACUGCCGCUGCAUCUGCAGAUGACCUCAAAGGCGUGCUGGACUUCCUGAAUAUCACUUCUGCGUAUGUGUUUGCGCAUGAUAAAGGUGUCGGAGUGGCAACUGCACUAGCCAUCAAGUAUCCAGAUCUUGUCAAGAGACUUGCUCUGGCUGAGUAUGUUCUUCCCGGCUUCACCUACGAACAAUCCUCAAACCCAGCGCCAUUCUGGGAUCUGUAUCAGAACUGGCAGUUGGCUUUCUUCCAAGUCCCCGAUUUGGCCGAGUUUCUCAUGUCAGGCAAAGAAAAGCAAUUCUUGCAGUGGUAUUUCUACCAUGGGAGUUACUCCGGCGUUGAGAGCUUUAGCGAAGAAACAGUCAACAGAUACACGAGCAGUAUCUCGAAGCCAGGGUUUUUGAGAGCUAUGCUUGGUCCGUUCUCAAGUUCGACUGUUUAUCAGGAUGGGAACUUCUUUAAGGCUGCGCUGAACGAUAGUCGUUUGAGCGUGCCACUGCUUGGAAUGGGUGGUGAGGCAAGCCUAGGAUUGAAGUCAGUUCUGCAACAAACGUUUGAGCCAGUUUCAUCUGAUCUUGAAAUUGAUGUCAUUCCAAAGGCUGGACACUGGGUUGCGGAUGAGAACCCUAGAUGGACUGCGAAAAGAGUCGCCAGGUUUUUUGGUGAAGAUGACGAUAGCCUGUCACAGGUUGACUUGGGUUACUUGGAUGAUUUGGUUACACUGGAUGUCGGGUUUUACGGUACCAGGAGGAACUUUGCGCUGGGUACUCAGUAA